CUGUACAGCUGUAUGCUUGAUCGUUUUAGGAAAGAAUGGUUCACCAUCUUGCUUGUUAUUGUUAGUGUUGUCAGCUCUUGAAUCCCUGAAAUGGCGAGGGGCAAGUCGAAAAAGAAAGUUUCCCUUGGAACAUCUGGCUCGCAGUCACGUUGGGUCGUCGCUCGUGAAGAGAGCAAGAAGAAAGCAAAUCCUUUCGAGAAGUCGAAAGCUGUUGAGAAGAGAAAGGACACAUUGCUCAAGGAGUAUGCCUCACGUAAAAAGAGCAACUUAUUUGCUGACAGACGUAUUGGUGAGAAUAACCCAGGCCUGACCGCUGAGGAGAAAGAGCUGCAGCGAUUCACGUAUGCCAAGCAGAAAUUCCAUUCCAAAUCCAAUGCCUACAGUCUAGGAGAAGAUGAAUUGACUCACAUGGGUCAAUCAUUGGCUGAUGACAAUCAAUUGAAAGACACCAGGGCAUUCGCUAUGUCUUCUGAUGAAGAGGAUGAGUCGGAUCGCAGAGCAGCCGGUAAAUUUGUGAAAGAUGCUCAUUUUGGCGGUUUCGGUGGUGGUCUCUUCGAUAAGAGGCAGCCUGGUGCUGAGACAGAGCGUCGCACUCAGAAGGACAUUAUGGAGGAGAUCGUUGCCAAGUCAAAGAAGAAAAAGGCAGAGCGGCAAAUGCAGCGAGACGUUGUUCAAGACUUGACCGACAAAGCCGAUGAGCAAUGGAAGUCCCUGGCAUCCCUUUUUGCUGAUGGCCAGGUAAAGAAAGUGAAAGAAAAGGAGAAACCCAAGGCAGAUUCAUUUGACAUAACUGUCAGAGAGCUAGCAUUCGAGGCCCGCAAGGCACAGGCAACAGACCUGUCGAAAACAAAGGAGGUAAUGGCAGAGGAAACGUCCAAACGCCGGCAAAAAGAAGAGGAAGAGAGAGUGAAGAGAAUGCAUGCACCGGAUACAUCGGAUGUGCUGAAUGGCCACUGUUCCGUGGAUUCUCUGAAAGCACCUUCGUCAAAGAAAGAACCCAGAUUCAGCGUUCGGUAUCAGGAUGGACAACUUGUCAUGCCAGAAAAGAAUGAUGAUUUUGUUUGGCAAUCUGGGUUUCAGAAGCAGUCGGAGGAUGAUGAUGAUUUGGAUAGUGAUGAUUAUGACAGUGAUGAGGAUGAUGACGACGAUGAUGAGGAUGACGACGAGGACGGUGACGAGGAUAGCGAAGAAGAAGAGGAAGAAGAGGCUGAUUGGGAUGCUAGCGGCAGUGAAGAAAUGGACGAUGAUGAGAAUAGUGGGGAGGAUGGUGAUGGCGAUGAAGAAGACGACAUGGAGGCAGACGGUGUGCAAGAGGAUGAAGGUGUGUCCAAGGAUAAUUCUCGGCAGGGUGCUGGAGAAGCAGAUCCAUCUGUGGGUGUUAAAGAAAAGGCGCCUAAAUCACUGCAGCAGUUGAGUAAUCGUCUCAGGAAUCGAUCAUCGGUUGAGCAAACUAUGACUUUGGAGAAGAUCAUUGCAUGCAAUCAUUCUAAACUGGCUGCCGGCAAUCGUCCUAAGAUGCAGGCCCUUUUCGGUUUUGUUCUGGAGUACCUGGAUGAAGUAGUAUCGGAGGACUCAUCUCAUGCUCCGUUGAUCGAUGCAUUCUCUCGGCCUUUACUUGAUCUUGCACGUGAUAAUAUGCAAUCAACCUCGGAAUGUAUGCAUGAUCGACUAGUGGAGUCUCGACAGCUGGUAGCUGAAGCUCGCAAAGACCCCUCACUGCCAUCUCUCCCAAUAAGGAUGCGAGUCACUUUGCAAGUUGCCGGCGCUAUCUAUUCAACGUCAGAUUUUCGUCAUCGUAUCGUCUCGCCAUCUCUGCUUCUCAUGGCAGACUAUUUAGCACAUUGUUCACUGAAUGCAGACUCGCUACUGAGCGGUCUAUGGAUAUGUCAGCUACUACUACAGUAUUUACGGCAGUCGAAGAGAUUCAUGCCGGAAAUGGUGAAUUUCUUGACUGGGAUAAUCGCAAUAUCAGCACCGGCAUCCUCAUCUUCACCAGCAUCACCAGCACAUGAUCUAGCUAGUCUAACACCGCCAUUCUCGAAUUCCACGGCUGAGCAAAGAUCAGCAGUAUUGCGAGCACAAGAGAAAUGUGCCAGCAAUGGAUUGGUCAGUAUUGCUGUGCAGCUACUGCAGGAGGUCACAAACCUCUACAGCUCGGUUACAUCUUUCCCUGAGCUUUUCGCACCGGCUUCUGCACAUCUGCGGAGAUUACCAGUCAGUCGACUGUCAGCAGAUGCCAAGGAAGCACGUACUGCGCUGGUAAAACGCUUCUCGGCCACUCCGCCGCGUCGGCCUGUCUUGCAAAUGCUCAAGAAGAAACCAGUGCCAUUGAAGCUGUAUGAGCCCAAUUUGGAUGAAAGGUAUGCCAUUUGUCGCAAGACGCAGGGCGGCGGAUUCACCCAUAAUCGCCAUGGUCUUGGUCGCAACCAACAGGAGAGGGAGAUGUCUAAGUUGAAGACCAGACUCAAGAAAGAGAACAAGUCUGCAAUGCGAGAGCUGCGCAAGGACUCUCAGGCCAUUGCUAAGGAGGUUCUCAAUGAGCAGCUCGAGAGGGAUGCAACGCGGAAGAAGAAGGUCAACAAGCUGCUACAUGACGUCCGGCAAUCUUGAUAGUGGAGUCAUCGCUCGACCAACAAUGGGCGUUUUUACCUGCGAGCCACCAGCUCUGCUUCAGCUGGAUCUGUUCAUGCUCACACUCUGUGUGGCAUGGCCCAAGUGCCGAGCCUUAUGUGUGCACCUUCAUGUACAUAGGCUGAGGCAACACGUGCAGCCAUGGGCUGGGUCAGCAGCAGCAGCAGUAGCACUGGCUUGGUGCAACAGCAGUGACUUGGUUUAGCAGCCGCUGUGUUGCCACACCUGCCGACAUUUCAGUAGCCUGCUGAUUUUGGAGGCAUGUCACGGCCUGCCGACAACAGCCACGGUAAUUUUAACCGUAAAUGACUAAUGUCCACGGUCGCCCUUCUACUUGGUUUAGAAGUCCUGAUCCCGAUUUUUUUGCUUUCACUGGUCAUCCCGAGUGUUUCCGUGGCUCUCUCCUAUCCUCACAGUUGUGUCUUAUGCUCACAACAAUGUCACCGGAUCUGUGUGUCGCCAUGUCAGUCAGCCGACGGGUACUGCAAUGGCUAUGGUUGAUCAACACAAUCAACAUCGUAACUCACAGGCCGUGCUUGAGCAAUACUCAGCAUUGAACC